AACGAUAUAACGCAGGACGCGGAAGCGUUUUGCGAAGGAGCCUAACUGUAGCGGUGCCAAUCUAAAAAAAAAAUAUAUGUGACGAAACUCGUGUUGUCUCCCUUACAUGCAAAUUUUCGCAUACCUCCACGAGGAAGAAGAGCAGGAAAAGGUGGGCGUGGCCUGUCAGUCUUCACAGGAAAAAACGGCAAGGACUUAUUUUUGGUGACUUCCUAACAGAAAGAUGGAACAUGAAGACAAAGAGCGAGACACAGCAGGUAAAUAGUCGCUUCUUCUGCGUGGAAAGAAAACUUUACCCGCGUGCCAGGGAGCGCGCGGACGUCCUCUUGUAGCUCAGCUGUUACCUGACAGACCUCAAAAUACCCUAAUGUCUGAAGCUGUCACCUGUCCUGUCAUAAUGGACCAGACACUUCCUACUUCAAGUUCACCAUCAGAACAACAACCAGAGGCCGACAGUGAGGAGCUCCAGUUCAGAGUUGACUUCUUCAGGAAGCUGGGUUAUCCCUCCACAGCGGUGAAGGCUGCUUUGAGAAAGCUUGGCCUCAACACAGACACGAACGCCGUUUUAGGGGAGCUGGUCAGGACCAGUGCCGGCUCUGCACCCUGUGGUUCUGACAACGGUACCAAGAGCUCCAAAGACCCUCUACUGCCUCCAACGUGGACAAUGACAACCCAGCAAGGAGACCAGAAGAGUGCGGACACAGAGCUGAGGCCCAUCAUCAUAGAUGGCAGCAAUGUAGCUAUGAGUCAUGGAAACAAGGAAGUGUUCUCAUGUCGGGGCAUUCAGUUAGCGGUGAACUUCUUCCUGGACAGAGGUCACAGUGUGAUUACAGUGUUUGUUCCCUCCUGGCGGAAAGAGCAGCCCAGAAGUGAUACCCCCAUAACAGGACAGCACAUCCUGACAGAGCUUGAAAAACAAAAGAUCGUGGUCUUCACUCCCUCGCGGCGCGUUGGGGGCAAACGCGUGGUCUGCUAUGAUGACCGUUUCAUCGUCAAGCUGGCACACGAGUCUGGCGGAGUGAUCGUGUCCAACGAUACCUACCGUGAUCUCCAAGGAGAAAGACCUGAGUGGAAGAAAUGCAUCGAAGAGAGGCUCCUCAUGUACUCAUUUGUAAAUGACAAAUUUAUGCCUCCAGAUGACCCUCUGGGUCGACAUGGCCCCAGCCUUAGCAACUUCCUUCGAUUAAAGCCACUGCCAGUGGAGCAGAAAAGACAAUUUUGUCCAUAUGACAAAAAGUGCACUUAUGGCAUCAAAUGUAAGUUCUACCAUCCUGAGAGGGCAAACCAAUCCCAUCUGUCACUGGCUGAUGAACUGAGAGAGAAAGCCCAGAUUUCUGCUGAGACAGAGGAAAGAUCUGCAAGAUUAUCCCCCAGACAGCCUCAACUCGAUCACAACCCUGCUCAGAAAAACUGUCCCCACCCUCAAGACAAACAGCUCCCUAGAGAGCGGCAGAGUGCCUCACUUCCAGGUCUGGUUAGUGAAAAUAAACUGCUUUAUUGGGAGAAUCCUAAGAAACAUCCAAACCAUAGUGGGUCUUCUGCCACGGGGGGCCAGUGUCAGAGAGAGUGGCCUGGGCAACACUUGGCUCAGAAUCACUACUACGCUAACAUGUCACACGAGUGUUUGGAUUCUGGCUUCAACUCUUUUGACAGCUACAGUUCAGAUGUUUCACAUUCUUACAGCAGCUCCCAUCAAAACAGAGCCCAUAGUCAAAACGCCUUUUCAGGACCCCAGCAUCCGUCUGCUUUUUUAGAAAAAACUAAGACUAACCAGUCCUGCAGGAGCUGUUCCCACACCCAGCAACAAAACAGAAACAUGGACUACAAGGGUCAAGCCUUUAAUAAGACCUACUCUCCAAAUAUGUUCCCAAGCAACAUGCUUCAACAGCACAGCCUCCCCAGUCACUUAAAUUACAGCGGCACACCUCACCUGCAGCAUAACUAUUGGUCAGAUCCCUUCCAGGGGACGUCCAUAAUCCGAACAGUGAGCAGCCUCCCUUCAGAGGUCCAUUCCUCACAUUCCCAUAAUUCCUGCCAUCAGUACCAACCCUGGGGACAGCAACCACCUUCUGCCUCCUUUGACCCAGAAAGAUCCGAACUUCGCAUAAAACUGCAAGCCAUCUUCAACCCAAACCAGGUGGAUGAGGUCAUGUUGAUGUUCCCAAAUCUGACGGAUCCAGAAAAACUUGCUGAAAAGAUACUUAACCUUAAGGCUCAAAGGAAAUUUUUCUGAACUUUUUUCCUUUUUUACAUAGUUGUAAGGAGGUCAUUUUGUUGCAGGUAGGAAAAAAAUAUUUAAAGAAAAUUUUAUGAGUCACUUUAAAAGAACUUGUAUUAUACUCUGCAGUGUGCCAUAAUGGACAUCCCGUUUUAUUUAUGGGCAAUUUAGCCAAAGUUUUCUAAGGUUUUUUUCUAUGACUAUGUUGUCAAAUGUGACCUUGUCAUCCAAGUUUUGGAUAAAAAGUGCCUCUAGACCAAAGUUGGUCAACAUAAAGUGUCUACUUUGUUGAUGCAUAUUGCAUUACAUGGGAUUUUUGUAAUGUUCUCAUGCAAUAAAAAUCUGUUUUCUAAGGUUUCUUAUUGUUUCUUGAUUCAAUGCUAAUAUUCCAGAACAGCUCGCUACUUAAUAUGAUCUCCUUGGCAUAGACCUGCAGUGUAUGUUGAGAUUGCACAAUAGCCUAAGAUGGAAGAUUUUUUCCCGUGUCACCUUUCACUUCCGUAUAAAGUUUCUUACAUUUUCUGAAAAGCGGCCCUUUUGAAAGUUUGUUCAAAUGUAUGAAAAAAACAAGUUCUCUACAAGAAUCUUUGCCUUGCUUCAUUAUGUGUUUUAUGAUACUGAAGCUGUAUUUUGUUUGUCGUAUCUUUGAGCAAGGUCAAAAGAGGGUGAAAAAAAAAAUGAAUAAACUUUAUCUGAACUAA